AUGAGCUACAAGACCAACUAUGAGCUCUACACUCGAGCAAGCAUCGAUAGUAGACGCUCGCCGCCACCAGAUGAACUCCUCUCCCCGUUGGCAACGCUCUACCCGCAUGUCACUGCCCUGCAGCCGCAAUACAACCCCAACAGCUGCACCUUUACCGGCUACCGCCACACGGGUUACUGGGCAGCCGCCUAUACGACUCAACCUCUCGAAGAACCUUUGAUCCCAACACGACGCGGCAGUGAACAACCAUGUGGCUUCAUGUCCAAGCUUCGUCGACUCCUCAGCCGAGACCAACUAAAAUACCGGCGGGGGUCCAAUGCAACUACAUGA